AUGGCUUCCAUAUCAUUUCAAACCCCUGAGAAGAUGAACGAUGAGAAUGCACCUCUACCUCGAACUCCACAUACACCUAGCUCACACAAGAUCCAAGAUUUGGGACGAGCAUCUUCCCAAAAGAAAGCUCGACAAAUUUUUGAUAGUUUGAGAGGUUUGAAGUCACGCGGGAGACUCAAUAUCGAUGUAGAAGAUGAGGGAAGUCAUUCUGCUGGCCCGUCUAGCCCUAUUCGCCGCAAAAAUUCAACAUGGGACUUCUUGGGAACCAUUCGUACAAAAAGAUCUGGUGAAUUCGGUACCCCUGAGAAUGAACGUCCUGUUACCACAACUCCUCUCAAAGCAGAGCCGCAAAUUAACGAGGCUUCGAAACUGCUUCCGAAAAGACGAAAGAGUCUUGUCAACAUGCUCGGAUCAAUCUCCGACAAGGUAUCCCCUAGACGUAGUACAACCCUUCGUGAAAACACACUCGAAGAAGAGGAACUGCCAGGUCAUUGUGAAGAGGACGUAUUUGCCAAGAGGUUGGCAAAAGAGUUGAUAGAUUUGAAAGCGAAUAAUCCGAGUCCUUUACACACAUCAGCGUCAGAUGAUCAAUCAAGGUUUCCUCAGGAACGAUUAGGAGGAACUUAUAAUCUGCAAGAGAAUAUCAAUACCAUAAUCGAGAAUCUUCAAAAACUCCGGCAGGCUGAAGAUCUACCUAAUGGUCGAGCAGGAUACGACGCAGACAGUUGGACGAGUCAUGCGCAAACACUACAAAGUGUAAGAUCCAACGAGCAGCUUACAAGCCACUCUCCAACGACGGAAGUAGAUGAAGACGAAUCAAAAACGCCAGACUCAUACCUUUGCUCGAUUAUUAAUUCUUUUGACAACUACAACAAAGAAUCAUUUGCCGCCGAAGGAAAAGGGUUGACUGUCUCUCCGUCACCCUCCCCCGACAAGUUACAACCAACUAAACCAAUUGACUUUCUGAAGGAUUCGAGUCCAGAGGUGAUUCCUGAGGAAUCAGGCCCAAGCAAUCAAUUCAUGGAUACGCUUUCAUCGAAAUGUUGCCAAACUAACACACUGCCAACACCAGAGCGAAUGUGCCGCGAGAGGACACGGCCAAUGAUUACAAUUCGGGAAGUAACUUCUGAUUCUAACUCUACCUCGACAUUUGAGGAUCAGAUAGCUCCGUCACCACCAACAUGGCAAGCCGCAGCGAAAUCUAGAAACGCAAUGCUGGAAAGCAGAGCCAGACUUCCUUGUCAGUUUGAUAGAGAUCAUGCUCAGAAAUUCGAUGCUCCUCAUAUGAGCUCGGUUGAAGAACGGAAGAGUCACUGUCAAAGCUUACAGCCAAUCCCUCCUAAGGCCGACGAAUCAGAUCACCAGAGAAUUGCCCGCAAUAUCAAGCAGACCGUAAAUAAAAUGACAAAGAAUCUCCAUCUUUCAUCAUUCUCUGAAGAAGCAAUAGAAGAUUGGGACGAGGGGUUCUCAAAGGAGGAGACAUCUGACGAGAACCUAGACAACAUCUUGGAGACCGUCGAAGAUGUUCAUACAAAAACAAUUGAGGAAAUCUCGGGCGUUACAAUGGUACGCAAAAACAUAAGUUCGUUCACGAACAGGCAGUUUUUGGACGGCGCAAUGUAUGUCAGAUACCCUCAAACAGAGGUCAAAUGGUGCCACAUGCAAUACUUCCCAACAGGAAGCCUUGCCAUUUCAGACAUUCGCAAACGAAACAAAGGGGAAUAUUCGGAUACGAUAUCAUAUUGCCCAGAAGAAAAUUGUAUUUACGUUUAUCUAUGGGGGCAGGUUCCCAAGUCGGAGUCUGAGCUUAGUGUUCGCGUUAAAUACCCGGAAACAAAGACUCGAUGGGCUCGGACCAAGAUCUAUGACAACGGCGAUCUUGCCAUGGCUGAUAUGUACCAAGAGAAUCGAGGUGAAUUCUCAGACAUUAGAUAUGAUGCAUCCGAACGCUGUUUUCAUGUUUAUGCGUGGGGUGAUGCUGUUGAAGCACCGAAACGUGGAGUCCGUGUUGACUAUCCAGAAAUGAAAGUUGGAUUGACACGAACACAGACUUACGGAAAGAAUGAUUUAGCAUUGGUUGAUCUGUGUGAAAAGAGCCGUGGAAGUGUGUCAGAAGUCAGAUAUAAUGCCUUAGAACGCAGGUUCCAAUAUUUCACAUUGGAUGAAGCCAUGGACGAGCUCGACAGUUGUCACUUUGGAGGUUUUCAGAAAUCAGAAAUGGAGCGUAAAAUUUGCGUUGAACUUUCAGAAUUGACUCAAACCCAAGGUUACGCACCUAAACCGGAUAUCUCAAGAUUUGAAGUCGACAAGAAGUCCACGAUUGCUUACAGUACUCCUGAACAAAGCUCGCGCAUAGAAGCACAAACAGUAGGGAUUGAACCAACUUACAGAACUCGCGAGCCUGCAUGGAGACCAACACUAUCGCCUCUCGGUGACCGGGAUGAGAGUGACCAAGAUCUACCUGAUUUCUCCGAUUUGGAGAAUGAGUUCCAACUUGUUACCAUCAAAUCUCCUGGAAGUUCUUCACUCAGUAUAAAAUCGCAAGAGGGAGCAGAGGAGGAAACUGGCGAGGAUAUUCCAGGUAGUAUUGAUAUGAGCCUCUGCGUGGAAGCUGGGACUCCUCGAAAGCCAGAUCAUGAAUUUGUCACUGAAUUAUUUAUGACAACCGAUUCUGAUAGACCGGCACCUCUCCUUAGAGGCUCUAAGCAGAUUCUUCAGUAUCUGGAUAGCUUUGAUGGUGUAAAUUGCAGGAGCAAUUUGGUGAAUGUGAACAAUAAUCUUCAGUCAAAUCGCGAGACGGCAACAAAGAUAUGGGCUGAAUCCGAAGAGGUUAAAGAAAUAUAUCAUUCUGUUCAACCAACUCCUGAAAGCGUUCAAGCUAUGAUAGACGAACUUUUCGCUCAAGCCACUCACCGCGCAUGGCUUGACGGCUCUUCGGAUGAUGGAAGUGCAUCUCUCAAAAUUGAAGUUGUCGAGGAAGAAACUAGAAAGGGUUCAAGUACAUCCUUUAAAAAAGGGCACAAGUUCUCUAUGUUUCUUGAUAACCAAUAUUACGGAAUUUCAGGACCCAACGAAGUUUCAAAGAAUCAAGAAGAGCCAAAGUGUGCGAAAGAGCACACCAUCUUUGAUUUUCGCAAGGACACUAUACAUCGCAGGGAGCGUUCAAAUGCUAUUUCUGGAGAAGGUCCUUCGGUGGCUGUGCGUCCGAAAAAAUUAGAUGAGAGUAUAUACAUUCUUCCCAUCGACAACAUUGAUUUAUACGAGGAAAACGCUGGUUGUGGUGCUCCAAAAUCACCCUACCCUACAGAAGUCGAUGAGAAUAUAGCGUCCUUUACUAAUGACGCGGACUUGACAGUCUUGGUUCCAGAACCCAUUGAUACUGCGACUAUAACUAACCACAAAACGAAUAAUAAUCUUUCCAGUCUUGAUCUGACUAAACUAGACUUCGAUAAUAAAGAAGAGACAGCCAAUGUCAGGCCAGGUCUCUGGGCCGGCACUUGUACAAAAGAGCAGAAUAAGUGUGAUGUACCCCCAUGCACUGCAUCUUCUAUAUUCAGUCAACUAGGUCUUGAAGCCGCGCUUGCCCCAACAGCCCCCAAGAUCGAGGAAGUCGCAACAUCUGAUAACGAAAAAGAUGAGCCAACAGAAAUAACGAAAGGCAAAGAAAUCAUUAUUCAAAGUUCCGCUCUUCGUGUAGAAACAGUGUCGCAAGCAUUUAUAGAUCACGAGGUUCUUCCACAACUCAACACAAAAAUUGAAUCAAAGCGAGUGCCUACUUUAGUAAACAUCUUUCAUUCACGAGGAAUGGCGUCCUCAUCUUCGGCUCGGCCAUUCUUAGACAAAUAUUCCUCUCCUCUCCAGCCACUCUCAACUCCCAAACGAGCAGAGACAUAUACUCCAAUUCAAAUUCCGAGAAUCGUUACGCCGUCGGGGAAGAUUUACAGUCCUGCACAACUGGAAGAGGAUAAGAAAGUUUCAAAUCCAAUUCAGAGGGUUCAGACGCCGGGAAGUGGGCUGGAGAAGCAGUUUAAAGGUAGAAAUUAUUUUAGUGUAAACAUGAGAGUGGAUGAUGCGGACGAUGAGGAUGAUGCAAACUUGAGUGGUGAGGAAACGGAGAUUAGUGAGGGAUUUGGCGAGAAAUUGGAGAGAAUGAGGGUGAGUAAGUAUUGUUUAGUGAAGGAAGAGGGGCAUGGUAUGGGCGAGAAUGAAGUAGAGGUAUAG